UCUUCUCGCGCUCGUGCAACACAGUCCGGCGGCGCAAUCGUCCGGUUAAGCAGUGCGUGUCUAGCGCGCAGGCAAACGUUUGCUGUGGAGUUUUGCUUCGCAAAAGUGAGCGGAAAGAUUCAGCUGUGGUGUAGUAGAGCCAAUUUUCCAGGCAUUUUACCAGUGAGAUUGAACUAGCAUUAUUUCAGCAGUUUAGUUGGUUUCCGUGCAUUUAAACUAUCGAUACAGUUCCCGACCUGACGUAGCCAUGCAGCCCAACCUAGGGAACAGGCGUCUGUCCAUCUGUGGAUGGAAAAAGAGUGGCAGCGACAAAUCAAAGCUGAUGCCAUGGGAUCUGAUCGAUCGGAUGGUCGGACCGAUUAUUUGCUGCCACGCUGCGGCAAUCCUCCUUUCCGGUGCGCUGAACCUGCUGCGAAUUUCCCAAGUGUCCGCGCUCGUCCUGUUCAUUCUGUUCACCAUCCUGACGGUCAGCGGUGUGCUGUUCUACCACAGCCUCACGAUUUCCCCGCUCGGCAAGGCUGUGCUCAUUACCGGCUGUGAGUCACCGCUGGCCCGUGCCCUUGCCAAAUAUCUGGACGACCUUGGCUUUACCGUGUUCGGCGCGUUCAAGAAGCUGCAGGACAACGACGAUGCGACCGCACUGAAGGAGUCCUCCUCCGGGCGUCUCAAGCUGCUCCAGCUGAACGUGACCAGCGAGGUGGAGAUGCUGGAAGCCUCGCUGUACGUCGCCCAGCAUCUACCCGCGGGCGAAACGGGCCUGUGGGCACUGGUACACUGCGAUCUGUGGAAUGCCCUCGGCGAGCUGGAGUGGGUUCCGUUCCCGGUGCUGCGGAAAUCGUUCGACGUUAACGUGCUCGGUGCCUCACGCUUGACACAGAUCAUGCUGCCGCUGAUUCGCAGUGGUAAGGGAAGAAUCGUGUUCCUCUCCUCGGCACUGGCCCACUUGCCUUCUCCGGUGCGCGGUGUGCUGUGUGCGACUCAGGCCGCCAUCGAAGGAUUGGCCGUGUGUCUGCGCAAGGAGCUGGCCAACCGUCAGGUCGGUGUGUCGAUCGUUUGCGCCAGCGAGCUGACGGCGGGCGAUGCUUGGCUGAACGAUGAGGAUAUGCGCGAACAGGCCAAAACGAUGUGGUCGCUGUUGAGCGACGAGCAGAAGAACACGUACGGUGAAGAUUACUUCGAGCAGGCCAUCCGUUCGCUGGAACCUUUCUGCUACGGGGAUGGAGACUUCCAGGCGACGGUCCGUUCGUUGUCCGACGCAAUCGUGCGCACCUUUCCCGUAUUUCGCUACACCCCACUAACGUUCAAGGAAAAGUUUCAAAUCAUCGCCGCGGAGUAUAUGCCCACCCUGCUGUACGAGAUCUUUUACAAAGCUUAGCCACGGCCGAGUGUGCCAUAAGUGUCGAAAUGUGUAUCCCUUCGUUUUCAUAGCGAUUUGAUGUUCUGUUUUAGGAUAUGUUGUAGUGUUGCUUAGUUAACUAGUAAACCUCUGUGUAAUAAAGCAAUAUUGCUUUGGUUUUGAUUAGAAAAAUAGAUGACACAUAAAUGUUAAA